GGUUUGGCGACUCCAACGCUGAGGCAACCAAAUACUUCGUCGAUAAAACACGUGGGUGUCCACUUGAAAACCAACAACCAAUAAUAUCACUCCGCGUGUCAGCCUGUCAAAGUUCCAUCUCGAUCGCUGACUUUGCGGGGCGGGGCGGGGCAAAUACGUAAAAUCAGUAUGUAGAAAAGCGGGGAAAUGCCCAAAAAAAGUGAGUUUUUGAGGCAAGCAGUUUCUUGGCUCUCUUUGAUUUCUUCUGAGUGAUCGGUCGAACUUCAAAUUUCAAAAUCAGGAUUCAGGACAAGCUUCUCCCAAGUUAUGUUUUAGUUUGGCAAAGUUAUAAGUACAAUUCUGGUCCCAGCUUCACCUCAUACCAAAUUCCCUGGGGAGAGAGUUGCUUAGUGAUAGGUAAUUCGGCGCCGCCUCCACCGCCGCCGACUGAGUUCAGCCUACGGAGCCUGGACUCUCUAGCCAAACUGGUCUUGCUCAUUGUUGUAUACUUACUCAGACUUGAAUCAUAGAGCUGAAGCAAGUGCAAUGAACAUGGAUUCACAGGGCCAGACAACUUCAUUACAGCGGCUUCAAAAUGUGGAGAAGAGAAUUGUCAAGGUUUUGGAGCUUGCCGGGGGAGUCAUGGAUGAGCUUUCAAGCCCUACUGGUCCUAGGAAAGAAGUGGUCCAAAACCACUGCCUCGAUUUCAUGCAAUUAAUCAAGGACAUCCAAGUGGCAUUACGUGAUGAGAUCAAAAGUGCUUGUGAGUAUCGUCCAUUUGAGAAUUGCGACUAUGGAUCAAGAAUAGGCAGUGAGAUUUGUUUCAAGAAACUGGAAUUUGUUAUGUCACAGCUGGAAGCAAUGAAACAGACAAUGGAUGAAUACCAUGCAGCUGUCUGAAUUGACCAGCAAUCCUUCCUGUUCAAACUCACUUGUUCGAAUUUACUGUGUAUGUUAUCAUAUCCACGUCAAAGAAACUGUCUAAAUACCAAAUCAAACCUUAUUUUGCCUCCCUACUCUUCCAUCCUCCUCAAUCCAAACAUAUAAAAGAAUCGGACGGGGUUUUUCUAGCUGUAUUGUAGUAUUGGGAAGCCUAUAUUGAAGAAUUGGCAUUUCGAAUUUACGGUGUAUGUUAUCAAUUCUAGGUCAUGUUCUUCUUUCCCA